AUGCCGUCCGGAGUGGUGAAUCGUCCAACCGAUCCUAAGCAGAAGGAGCAGGAUAUCAACCAGAAGCUGCAGCUGUUUGGGAUAUAUCAAGCUUUCAAGAAUGGCAAACUUCCAUCGAACAAGCAAUGCAAUGUCGCUUUGAACAGUGCCAUUAAAUCCAAAGCUCUCUCCUCACCGUCGAAUGAACUGUCCAGUGAGGGCCGAGUUCUGAUCCAGGAUCUCAGAAGCGUCAUCGAACAAGCCAAGAAGCUUAUCCUCAGCAAGAAUGAGGGCCAGUUACUACAGGAUUUUAUCUGGGAGGCUGAAAGAAUGGGUGUUGCCGACGGACCAGGAAAGCCCAAUGUGCCUGUCAGCAAGGAAUCAGCCCAGCAGGACAGUGAUAGAGCUGUGGAGGGCUUGAAGACCCUAGGAACUCUGCUGAUCACCAAUGGGGAGUUCAGAAAGCUCCUGAACGAUGCGAUGAUUAUUGCUCGUGAUAUGGCCGGUGAUGUGUCCCAGAAAGCCGCCAACACCCUCCGGCCUUCCCAGGAGCAACUCUCCCAAGUCGAUCAGCCGGCUGAGGAAAACGUCUGGCAUGAAAAGCCUGAUGUUUCAACAAGUCAGAUGAAGUCCCAGUUCCAGAGAAACAAGGAAGCUGCUCGUAACAAGGCUGGUGAUGUGGCAGGUACUGCUGCGCAUGCUGCAACCGGUGGCCAGGAUCCCACCGUCACUCGUGAUGUCGAUGUCCGCACUGGUGCUACGGCAGGCAUUGAAAAGGCCAAGGAGAAGAUCCCCGAGGAUGUCGCUCAGGAAUCUCGGGGCCGCGCUGAGGAGUUCAAAGAGCGGACCGGAACUUAUUUGUCGGAGAAGAUGCCUAAAGAGAGGCGCGAGCAAGCUAUCUGGCGCUUGAAGAAGAUGGUCCUGGAAAUUCAGGGACACCCCGAAUAUCAGCAAGCCGUCGGAACGUUGCUUUCCCUGGCUGAGAAGUAUGGCAACUACGCUAGAGAUACUUCUCAACAGGGCGCUGGAACAGUGGAGCAAGUACAGAGCAACAAGAAAGUCAGAACUAUGGAAACCAACCUCAGGAUCCUCGUUGAGCGAUUUGCUAAUAGCACCUCUCUGGAUGAUCUCUUCGAAUCUCUGGACAACAUCUACCGCGAGGCAGACAGAGACCCGGAACUCAGAGGAUGGUUCAAGAACGUGGACACCUUCCUCAGAAAAACUUUGCAGGAACAGGGCUACAUCAUGCAGGACGACUGUGACCGGGAAUGGGAGCGUCUGUACGAUCAUGGCCGCUAUCUGCUGCGCGAUCGCUACAAGGAUCAUACCGACCGCAUCCUCGAUGAGAUCAAGUUCAUCGGCGACCAGUUCAAUCAAGAUCCUCAGAACAGAGCCUUCAGAUUGGCCCUUGAGAGGCUGUUCAAUGAUCUGGGCCGGGAUGCCAACGGUAACGUUGCUUUCAAGAAGCAUCUGGCCAAGGACGUCAGGGAUGUCAUCCUGCCUUCGAUCUUUGAAAACGUUCGUUACGUGCCAGUGCCUCGCAUUGAGGUUUCCGAUCCCAUGGUGGAUAUGAUUGUGGAGAAUCUCGUCAUCGAAAGUGACAAUCUGAUGCCCAAUGUUGUGGAAUUCAGCAGUGACAAUUACUUCCGCUGGGGUCGGAAGAGUAUCAGCAGCAAGAAGGACAAUAAGAUUAUGAUUUCCGUAUCAGGUAUUCAAGCCGAUCUUAGAGAUGUCAGUUACUAUAUCAAGAAGAAGCAAGGUUUCCCCUCUCUCACAGAUAAGGGUAUCAUGGAUAUCUUCCUUGGAAACGAGGGCUUUGGUUUCAAGAUUGCGGCCUCGACAGCGCACCCAGAGGAUCGCCAGCACUUUGUCAAACUCGACAAGGUCACGGUGAAAAUCCACGACUUGAACAUCCGCCUGAAGAAGUCCAAGCACAAGAUCCUCUUUGCUCUCUUCAAGCCAAUGCUCUUGAACAUCGUUCGGCCUACUCUGGAGAAGGUGCUCGAAAAGCAAAUCCGUGAUGCCUUCGUCAAGGGUGAUGCGUUCGCCUUUGACGUCCAUCAGGAAGUCAUGCGAGCACAGCAAGCUGCCAAGCAGGAUCCAGCGAAUGCGCCAAACAUCUAUUCCCGCUACAUGGACACUGCGCGUGCCAAGAUGACGCAGACGAGACAAAAGGCCGAAGCCGUCGCUCAGCGUGAUACCAGAAUCAAGACGGUCACUACUCUUCACGACUCGAUGUUCCCUGACAUCAAGCUCCCUGGCGGUAUCUCUAGCAAGGCCACAGAAUACGCCGAGCUGGCUCGCAAGGGUGACCGCUGGGAGUCGCCCAUCUUCAGUAUCGGCAGCGCUGCGGAGUCCAAGGACAUUCCAAAGCUUGCAUCUAUCACUCGCAAGCCCCAUCAGACUGCCGAGGGCCGACUGAGAGAGCGGCCGGCCGAAGGCCAAUUCCAUGAGGGAGCCAACGGUCAAGCCACCAAUGGUGGCCAGGUCGGCGCGAACGGAUACGCGAAGACAUCCGGCUAUCCUUCUCGUGGGUUCGCGGAUGAGAUGUACCAAGCCUUCAGCGAUGGUCCCAAUGGCACUGCCAAGGGGACCGCUUUUGCUGCCGCCAACGGCACUAACAAUGGCGUUACAACAAAGGUGCCAGCAGACGGGCUGGCGGUCCGAGGCGAUCCUACUGCCUUCAACCCACAGACCGCGUGA